AUGGCAGUAUUCAUAGUACCUGCUCAGUUUGUGUCUUCAGAGGCAGACCGCACAGUGAGGCUGUGCUCGCAGCUGCUGCUGGGAAGGAGGGGUGCAGCGGACGACACACAGAGGGAGCUGCGGCUGCUGGCGCUGCAGGUGUCCGCUGCUCGACCCACGACCAGGCUGCUGGGGGUGCUCACUCUCGAUCUGAGAGUCGUCUCAGGCUUCAUUUCUGUCAUCCGGCGGUACCUCUCAGACCUGGCAUCGAACUAUCCCAACUUGGUGACGGUGCAGUCCAUAGGCCAGACGUACGAGGGUCGGCCCAUCGAUGUGAUCCAGGUGUCGUCUGGAACUGGCGCCAACGGCACUGCACCAGUGAUCCUGGUGGACGCAGGCAUCCAUGCCCGUGAGUGGAUCGCACCUGCAGCAGCUCUCUACGUCAUCCACCAGCUGGUCGAGAACGCGACGCAGAGCGCCAUCACAGACAGCAUCGACUGGCACAUCAUACCGGUGCUCAACCCUGAUGGAUACGAGUACACCUUCACAACGGAGCGACUGUGGAGAAAGACGCGAUCUCCAACAUCUGCUGAAUGCGUAGGAGUGGAUGCGAACAGGAACUUUGACUUCCAUUGGAUGGAGGUAGGUGCUAGUGACGACCCGUGUGCGACUACUUACGCAGGCGCUGAAGUUUUUUCCGAGCCUGAAACGAGGGCUCUGAGGGACUACAUUCUGGCGAACGCCGAUCGCAUCAAGCUUUAUCUGACAUUCCACAGUUAUGGACCUAUGAUACUUUACCCGUGGGGAUACACCACAGAGCCGCCUGAAGACUGGCAAACACUGGACGCACUGGGGAGACUCGCCAACGCCGCGCAGGUAGCAGCCGGAGCUCCCAACUACACCGUGGGGACUUUCGCGGGCGCCAUGUACGCAGCCGCCGGCACCAGCGCUGACUGGGCGAAAGCCGUGGGGGGUGUGGCACUGUCGUACACACUGGAGCUUCCAGGGGGCGGCGACGCCGGCUUCGACCCCCCCACAUCCGACAUCAUUGGCAUCGUGACGCCCUUCUUCGAAGCGGUCCGAGCUUUUGGUCAGUACGUCGCUGACAACUUCGGAAGGAGCAGGCUGAGUGGUUGA